AUGCCAGGCUAGGUUAUCAGAAAUUACAAUUCUCUUCACAAUGAGCCAUAACCAGUAUUAUUAUAUUUUUAUCCUAUGCUAAAAAACCAGAUUGUUCAGUUGAGAAUUAGAGUAGAUCCUCUGACACUGGCAAUUAUUACAGUCAUGCACCACUUGUAACAAAUAACCUUAAAAUAUAUUAUUCAGUUUACUGAAAAACCCAAGUGCACACCCCUUGUUAAGAAAGAAAUAAUUGAAUUAGAGGAUGAAGAAGCCAGAAAAAUGAGAAGUCCUUCAAGUCAUGAAGCCAUCUCUUUGCAAACACCUAAAAGCGUGCGAAGUCAAUAACCACAUAAAACUAAGGCAGUUGAAAAAAUUAGAGCACGUCUAUCCAAACCCUAAAUUUUUACAAAAAACCAAUUAAGAUAAAGAUAAUUGUAACAAUUUAUCGAUGGAUGGGGUUUUUCUCUAUUGAUGGGAUUUGUGACACUCUAUGCAUUAUUUGGAGAUGAUAUUAGAAUAUUGUCUGUCAAUAAAGAUGGUGAUGACAUCUUCUUUAUUUUAACUACAAUUUGCAUAGUAUGUUUUGCAGUCGAGAUUGUAUUAACUUGCAUUGCCAAUCCAAAUUAUCUUUUUAAUGUAUUCAGCUUUGAUAACCAUAGUUUUAUUUUUGGCUUGAUUUAAUUUCUACUGCAACAAUGAUUCUAGACAUAGGUUGGAUUACAGAUCAUUGGUAUGGAGAUGAGGGAGAUGUUUAAAAUGCUGCUACUCUCAAAGCUUUGGGCAAAGCAUCAAGAACAGCAAGAAAAGCAGCAAGGGNUAUCAGAUUUAGGGCGGAAAUAUUAUAAGUCCCAGCCCAAGCCAUAAGUAAUUAAUCUAAAUUUUUGAGACCAGUGGGUGCUAAUACUUUCAAUCAGAUUUGGCUAUUUUAAUAAAUCCAGCUAUCUAAAAUCUUACCUAUACUUUUGACAGUAUUAAUUCUAGGAAAUGCCAACUCUAUAAUAUUAAUUCUGUGA